CCACGCAAGAGCACUUGCAUAUUGCUGUUCAUGCAUAUCCCCAAGCCAAAAUAUGGCAUCAAGUGAGGAGGCCGACUUUCUCAGUAUCCAAAACCAAUCUAUUUGCUGCGUCGAACACCCAUGCAUUAUCAAAAAUAUUGACAAAGGCGUCCAGUCCUUAGGGGGACCGCUCAAGCUAGGUCAAGCGCUGAGCUCGCAAUACACUCAUGACUCCUAUGAAAAAAAACAGAGUAGGAAUACGCAAACUCUUUCGUUAAGCCUUCGUCCCCAGGAUCCUUUCGCCAAGCGUUUGCUCGGAAGUCCCGUGGUGACCGGAAAUGUACUCCUCAAAGUCACUGUGCCAAAGCGGACAGGUCGAAGGAGGAAGCGUGGUACAUCUGGGCCGUUCCUCCCAGAAACUGAGGCCGAGUCUAGUGGCAGUGGAAGGUCCACACCCCAGCCAUCGCCGCCUGCGAACAACCCGAAUCCAGAUCCAUCAACCAUCUUUCGGAGUUUACAAGACAACGAAUCUAACUACACCGUAACACCCGUCGGCAUCAUCGACCAAUCGUAUCGCUUCCGCAGUCUACCAGACCUGCAAUGGGCCGCGUCUCCGAACCCGCUAAUGCAAGACAUCAAGAACCACAUCCUCCCCUUGAAAUACAGCCUCCUAAAAUCCUACAAUCUCAACACAAAACCCGGCCCAGAUCUCUCCCGCCCCGUAGAACCGCCCCCCGAAUUCAUCCAAGUCCCCACCCCCUUCCCUUACCACUACCUCCAAAACAAAAGCAUCAAAUUCACCCCCGACGGCCGGGAGAUCAACACGCAGAAACGCAUGGCGCUCGGGGGGUACCAUAUCAUCAAACCGACUGAUCCUACCGUCCCCACAGAACCGCGAUUGCAUCUGCCACCGGAAGAAACACUCACACCCUAUGUCCAAAGCAUCAUCGCGCGCAUCCGGUCGCAGCUGGCCAAGCGACCAAUCAUCACCCGGCAUAUUCUCUACAACACAAUCGGCUGGGCAAAACGCGAUCGCAUUCGCGAAGCCGCCGUCUACUGCGGGUAUUUCUUCGAAACAGGGCCGUGGCGCGAAGCACUGAUUAAAUUUGGCCUCGACCCUAGGAGCGAUCCUCAAUGGCGUGUUUACCAGACUAUUUCGUUUCAGUCAUAUCAAAGGACCAAACAGUCUCGGACGCGGAAGGCUUGGGAUCAGUGGGUGAAGCGACUGGCCAGUAUGCCGAAGACGAAGUUGGAGCAGGAGCAUAUUUUCGAUGGGACGAAGGUGUCGAGGACAGGGAAUACGUUUCAGUUCUGUGAUAUUACGGAUCCGUUGCUUAUGGGGAUUUUGCAGACGCAGGAUAUUAGAUCGACAUGUGCUCCAACCUUCCACGGCUGGUUCCACGUAGGCACCUGGGCCAAAGCCACCGUCAUUCUCAAAGAUAAAAUGAACCUCCUAAUCGAAGGCACCACACCUGACGACUCCAUCUACAGUCGCGUCACCGCCUGGCCCGAAGUCUUCGACGACAAGGAAAUCUACCUGACAUACCGCCAUGAAGCGUUAAACAAGGCGGUGCACCGCCAGAAGUGGAGAGAACACCGCGUGAUGCAUUGCGUGCGGUGGGCGGCGAGGAAUCCGCGGUAUGCGUUUGAGAGAAUGGGGAGGAAGAUGAGGGAGGAGGAGGUGUUUGGUGAUGAGGAGGAAGAUGGGGAGGCAAGCAGUGGAGUUGAGAUUGAAGAUAUGGAUGAGAAGGCUCAGGUUCCCGAGGAUUUGACCGAGGUGCCGGACACGGCUGAUAUGAGCGACGAUGAGGACGAGGAGGGCGUGGAUGGUGACGAGGAUGAAGAAGAAGACGAAGACGAAGACGAGGACGAAGAUGAGGACGAAGACGAGGAAAGCGAUGGCGAUGGGAGUGCAGAUGUAGAUGGCAGGGGUCUUGAGGAGAGAUCUGAGAAUGGGGACUCCAGCGAAGCCGCAUCCGAAGAACGGGCUCCUGAACGGCAGAACAGAGCCAGACCGGACAUGAUGGACUUUGAUUAG